AUCAACUAGUUAAGGUUUGAUAAAUGAAAAAUGUUUGUAUUAUUUGUCAUUUAUUUUGUAUUUGGGUAAAUAAUAUUAUUAUUAAUUGAUUAUUACCCCCGAAUGAGAACAUAGAUAUCAUCGAAGGUCCUCCAAGCUCACAAAUAGCUCCGAGAGGAUCCAAAGUUUUUGUUCUCAGUUGUUCCAUCGAUGGCGGCUCUUUCGACAUCUCUCUCUCUUUCCAGGAAUACUCAGCAACUCCAUCCUUCAUCUGGCUUUUCUCUGAAGCCAAUUGGUCGUCGUGCCAACGUUUCUUUCGGGCUGAAUCCCUCUAAAAAGAUCCAGCUUUCUGCUCCUAGAGGCAAAAGGAUCCUAACCAUCCAAUCAGCAUACAGAGAUGAUGACAGUUCAGGCAGCACUGGCCUGUUUGUGGGAGGGUUCAUUUUGGGCGGGCUCAUAGUCGGUGCUCUUGGAUGUGUGUAUGCACCACAGAUCAGCAAGGCUAUAGCUGGAGCAGACCGAAAGGAUCUCAUGAGGAAAUUGCCUAAGUUCAUAUAUGAUGAGGAAAAAGCUUUGGAGAAAACUCGCAAGGUAUUGGCUGACAAAAUUGCUCAGCUCAACUCUGCUAUCGACGAUGUGUCCUCUCAGCUAAAAUCAGAAGACACCCCUAAUGGUGCAGCUCUAAGCACCGAUGAAGUCGAGGCUACAGCCUGAAUAAUCUCAUCUGUUUUAGGAUACUGAAACAAAAUUGUGGGUCAUUAUUACUUGUUGUUGUUUGCUGUUUCUGUGUAAUUUUGUCCAAACUUUUACUCCAUCUUCAAACCACUACCAUCGUCUUGUCUUUUUUUUUUUUUUCAUUAUGCUAUGUUGAACGUUAUAUCAUCCUCAUCAUUUCAGAUUCCUUACGC